UAAUAUCGAUAAAAAAUAUCGGCGGCGGCGAGGUUAUGCAAAAGCAAAAAUUCUCUGUUAAAUUGUUUUAAAUUGGAUAAUUCUGAAAGAAAUGCAGUCGAUUUUGUCGUCAAUGCGUGCCCUGGCCUUGCGCCAGUCGACAGGGGAUGCUGUACGGCGCCUGCACCUGACCGCCAUCAGCGAAGCGGCUCGAAAAGGCACCAGAGAGAAGGCCCGCAAGAAGAAGGUUAAAGUGGAAGUCAAGAAGGUGGGAUUCAUUCCGCACAAUCAACGCGACAAGAAAAUCAACGUAAAACGUGCGGACAAACAUGUGGACGACUCCUGGAAGCAAGUGUCCAAAGACGAUGUUUACGUGGGACGCUAUUACCGCUGGCCGGUGUACAGCGUGGCAGAGGCCAUACAGUGUCAUCGGGAGACACAUCAUCCGAGCAUGUACAAUGUGCCCAAGGCGCCCCUGAAUGUGGAGAUUGAGCUGAACAUGCAGGGCGAGAAGGCGACUCGGUUUGUGGACAACUUCCAGCGCAUGGCCAUGAUUCCGCACAAGUUUGAGCAUGGCGAGGAGCGCAAGAUCAUAGUCUUCACUAAGGGCAACGACGAACUCUUAGAGGCAAGAGAAGCCGGUGCUUCGCUUGUCGGUGGCGUGGAACUGAUCAAAGAUAUAACUGGCGGCGAGCUGCUGCUCUCCGACUACCAGUUCAUCAUUGCACAUCCCAACAUUCUGCCGGAGCUAGUCGCACUGCGUGGUCUGAUGAAGCGGAAAUUUCCAAACCCAAAGAGUGAAACGUUAGGCGCAAAUCUGGCGGAGAUGAUUGUUAAGUUUUCCAGUGGCAUUAGCUACAGUGCAACCAAGGAUGAGUAUCAGCAGAACUUUGGCCUAAUCGCCGCCAGUGUGGGACCCCUGGACAUGGAUGCACAAAAGCUGGAGGAGAACCUCAAACAUCUGCUUCAGGACAUCAACAGCAUGCGCCCCAAGCGCGAGGGGAAGUUCAUUACUCGAGUAUUGCUCAAGAGCCCGCCCAGCAGUGAGCAGCUGAAGAUCGAUCCGUUUGUAUAUGUGCCCGAGAUGUGGGACAAGAGCUCAGCGAAGGUGAAACGGGACGAGGCUAAGAAGCAGGAGGAGCCAGCGGGGACUGAAGCCCAAGAGGCUGUAGCUGCCAAUUAAUUAUAAACAUGCAUGCCUAUGUAUUUGCAUUGUUGUUGAUUUCGUUUGUGCAUACUUUUUAAACUUACAUCUGCUUAUAUAC